GAGUGACUCACUGGUCUCAUUAAAAUAUUCUUGGGAUUCUCAGUCCGCAAGGCUCUCAGUAAAUGGACAAACAAUUUAUUUCUUGAGCAGCAUCAUGCAGAAGAGGAACUCCACAGCUAGAUCUUGCGAAGCCACAUAUCACUCCCCACGGUAGUCCUUCACCACCCAUUAAUAUUCAUCGGCAAUAAAUCGUCCUGUCUUCACGACCAACGGCUUCAUUGGGAAUGGCGCCCAAGCCACAAAGAUCUGCCGGCGGAAAAGGUAGAUCAGGCGAUGACAACAAAGAAGAGCCUUUACAAGCCGUAAUCAUCGCAGAUACUUUCGAAACCAGAUUCGCGCCCUUCACCCUCGAACGACCGAGAUGUCUAUUAACUCUCGCCAACACUCCCCUCAUCGACUACAGCCUAGAGUAUCUCGCCAGUGCCGGCGUCCAGUUUGUCUACAUCUAUGCCGGUGCUCAUGUUGACCAAGUCGAAACGUACAUCGAGGCUUCUAGGUGGAAAUCACACAAGUCACCCUUUGAGAGUGUGAGUUUCCUGAGGUGCGUUGCCAGUUCGGUCGGCGAUAUUAUGAGAGAUCUGGACCAAAAGCACCUGAUGGCUGGAGAUUUCGUUUGCAUCAGCGGCGAUGUUGUGUCCAACUUCCCCCUGGAGAAAGCCUUGAAGCAGCACAAAACGCGGAGAGAAAAGGACAAAAAUGCCAUCAUGACCAUGAUUCUCCGAGAAAUUCAACCCGGCUCUCAUGAUCAUGCAGGAGGCGUUGUGCCGACUUUCAUUCUAGACCCUACCAAAGAUCGAUGUUUGCAUUACGAAGAAGGGUUAGCUGGUAAUCAGUUUAUGGCCCAGGUCGACCCAGAAAUUUUGAAGUCAACAGAAAUAGAAGUCAGGCAAGAUCUCAUCGACUGCAGAAUCGACAUCUGUACUCCUGACGUGCUCAGCCUGUGGUCGGACAAUUUCGACAAUCAAGCUCCUCGAAAGGAUUUCUUGUAUGGUGUGUUGAAAGACUAUGAGCUGAACGGCAAGACUAUCCACACUUAUAUCGUGAAAGAUCACUAUGCCUCCCGAGCAGCUGAUUUUUGGUCGUAUAACGCCAUCUCACAAGACCUGAAGCAAGGUCUAGUCACGUCUUUGGCUGUCGAAAACAACGUCUUUGCAGACACUUACUACGAACGCUCGCCGCGUGGCGAUGUCACUGACCGGUCAGUCAUCAAGGCCAGACCUACGAAAAUUGCUUUCGGCGCGAUUGUUGGCCCUGGUUCCAGCGUCGGCUCGGGAUGCAACAUAGUGAACAGUGUCAUAGGCCAACGAUGCCACAUUGGCAAAAACACAACUAUUGAUGGUGGGUACAUAUGGGACGACGUGACUGUGGGCAAGAAUGUCAAAGUCUCGCGAGCCAUCAUCGGCAACGAGGCUUUCAUCGGCGACAACAGUAUCAUCGGAGAAGGUGCCUUGAUCUCUUUCGGCGUUAGAAUCGCUCCUGGCACCACAGUAGCGCCUGGAACAAGAAUAUGCAAAACUCAGCAAGAUAAUCAGCAAGAAAGCCCAGACAAGGCUGUGGUUGGUGGUGAGGAGGGAGAAGGCCAUGCAUAUGUUGAUGAUCAGGACGAUCUCGUUGGUUCACGGAUUUCCCGGCUGAUAUAUGGAAAGGCGGAGUUUGCAGAUUCAUUAUCGACUCUAGAUUCGGACGCCUCACAAGACGAGCUCUCCUCGAGAAGCGACUCGAGAAGGCAAAGUUUUGCUACAUCUGUAUCUGACGAAGAGUUCACCGACAGAUUCCAGCAUGAUACUGUGGCGAUUCUGGUGCAAAGAAUGCAAGAAGGGAAGAUGGCUGAUGAUAUGCUGAGUGAAUUGAUGGGUCUUCGUUUUAGCGGAGGAGCCGACGAAAUUCAGGUCCGCAGAGCAGUGGCCAUCGCGCUAAUGAAGCAUAUUCAUGGCGAGAUAGAGGCAGGUGUCUCAGCGGCUGAUGCCAGCAGACGAGCCCUGACUGCUUUCAACACACUCAUCCGGCGGAAAGGUGCAUCCCAGACCACGGAAGAACAAGUCUCGUUCUUGUUGGACGCACAGAGAGAUUUGACGCGAAGAAAGGAUGGCGGGAAGACUCUGUUGUUUGUCGUCAAGGAUCUCUACGAUCUCGAGGUGCUCAGUGAGGAAGCCUUCACUGAAUGGUGGGAGGACGAGAGAUCAAGCAGCGAACCUGAAAUGGCUGCGGUGAGGCAACAAACUUCACAAUUCAUCGAGUGGCUGGAAAAUGCCGAGAGUGAGAGCGAGAGCGAGGAAGAAGAGGAUGAUGAGGAUGAUGAUUGACCUUGAUACUCGACGGAAAUGCCCAAGGAAGCAAGAGUGAAAACAACAGGUGGCGUUUCUGAGUCGAAUAGGCCGGGAACCUGGCUUUGUGCGAUGGCCUACCGCACCCCCAUCGACUAUACCGUGGUAGCCAAAACCAGCAGGCCCAGAGUAACCAGCUUUGUAGCAUUCUCGAAACAAGGCUGCAGGCGGCCAAGUUGGAUAGAUAUCUCGAUGUGUCAGCUGUGAGGGAAAGUUUCGGCAAACUGGCCAGUGGCAAUGAGGAUGGCGGACGAGGCUGCGACGGAUUCUGGCACGUGACUCUGAUGACGAAGUGUCAAUGGACGGACUUCUUUAAGCGCCACUUGCUUCACUCCAUCAUGUGGC